AUGGAUGAACAAAUUAUAAAUGUGAUAUUUGAUCCCAACUUCACCUCUUUUGAUUCGGAUUUAGCUAAUAUGAGCCUGGACAAGAUGAUGCAAGUUACAUUUUCGGAAGAGAUCCUGUAGAAGAAUUUUUCCGUCAUUAUUUCCAUUCUUAAACAGUUACAUAAGGGCAUGAUACUCAUAAACGGGUAGGUGAAGGACAAUAGUGAUUGGGUGCAGAAAUUGAGAGAGGAAUCAUAAUAGACUGAUACAAAAGAUAAAGUUGAUGUGAUUGAUUCUCAAGUGAAGGAAAUCCAUUAGAAUUUUGCUACCAAAGCAGAGUUGCAAGCAUUAAAACAAAGAUUUGAUAAUAUUUUGAGAGAUUAAGAUAUCUAAAUUAAGGAGAUCGCUAAGGCUUAGGAAUAAGAGUAAUAGCAAAUAAAUAAGAAUGCAGAAGAUAUCAUUUAGAAGUAGCAAUAAAUUGAUACAAUUAAUGAGGAGUUGGACAAACUCCGUAAACUAAUCACUGAUCAAAAUAAAUUAUUGUCAGAUUUAUCAUCGCAAAAGCCAGAUACCAAUGUGUACCAAAUCUAAUCUAAGCCAUUAUCAGAUGAUUCUCUAAAGGAUGUCUUAAAUCGAUUGGCAUAACUAGAAUCCUAAUAUAAGGAAUUACUUAAACAAAUGAACAAUCAGCCGAAAAGUUUGUUGUAACCAAUCUCAUUGAAAGACUAAGAUUACGUUGAGCAACCAAAUUCUGAAGUCGAUUUAUCUGAUAUCAAUAAGAAGUUGGAUAAUCAUGAAGAAGAGAUUUAAAAAUUAUUUGAAUUGGUUGAUGAAUUGAGGAAAAAAAAUAGGGAAGGAGUUACAGGAGGAGCAUCUAAUGUUGAUGCUGAAGAUCUUUUGAUUAUCAAAAACGACAUCAAAAAGUUGUUUACUUUAUUAGAAUAAUUACAAACAUAACUAAAUCUGGCUUCAUUUGGUAAUUCAGGUGAGGAAGGCAAUAAUGUGGGAGAAAAUCAAAUGGUCAUCAUUCUGGCAGAAAUCAAUAAGAUUAGAGCCUUAUUAGAGAAUUAUGCUACUCAAUCAGAUCUAACAAAUCUUGGCUAAAAAGUUGCAUUGUAACAAAAAUAAACAUAUGAUCAUAUUGAUGAAGAAAUUGAAAAAGUCAGAAGAGAGUUCAAAUUAAAUCUUAACAAAAAAGGUGAUUUGUCUGAAUAAGAAAAGAUCAAGAAUGAACUUACUUAAUUAAAAGAUAUUCUCAACAAAUCUAAGCGGGGAUCCCAACCGCAAUUAGAUAAUAGUCCAACCAAAGGACCUUAAUUAAGUCCAGACUUUUUAAAUACUUUUAAAGAACUACAAGAUCAAGUAGCUUAAAAUGAAUAAGAACUAAUCAAUCAUAAAUCUCAAUUUUAAUAAAAUUCAUAGUAAAUUUAAUUAAAGAUUGCUGAGAUAGAAAAUAAGAUGAAAUAAACUAAAACUGAUUCGAUCAUUUCUGGUUUAUAGGAAUUAAGAGAAAUCCAAGAGCAAAUGAAAAAGGAUUAAGAUACUAACAAGGCAAAGAUAGCUUAAUUUGGAAAGAAGAUUGAUGGAGUGGUCACAAGAGAAGAUCUCUUAGCCCUCUUUGAACCUAAACUAAAAUAGGUCAGAGAUGAAUUAACCAAAUAAAUUGAAGAAUUAAGAAUUAAAUUGGAAAAGAAGGCUGAACUUGAAGAUUUGGAAAAGCUUUAAAAUGAUCUUGUCUCCAGAUUAGAGGAAGUUGUUUAAGCUCUCAUCAAAUAAUUAGCGAAUAAGUCUGAAACUAAGAAGGCUUUGAUCUAUCUUGAACAGAGAAUCAAUCAAAUAUUCAUGAUGCUCGAAGGAGAAGGAGGAUCCAAAGAUUAGGAAGGCCUGUUUGCUAAGAAACAACUUUGGUCAUGUGCUUCAUGUGAUAAGGAGUUAGAUAAAUUUAAGGGAUAGUUGGGAGAUUAUAGAGGAUGGGCUCAUUUCCCUCCUAAAGAGACUUCUCCAGAAAGAAUGGGAAGAUUUGGCGUUGGAUACAAAUAAAUGCAAGAUAAAUCAAAAAACAAUAGAGAUAAAAUUGAUAAAGAGAGAUAUUAGAAUGACAAGGACAGACCCAAUAGUCAAGCCAAUCAGUAAUUCUAUUAAACAGGUUCAUAAAUGAGUCAAAGCCAAAACAAUCUUCCAAAGAUUAAUAAAUGA